AUGGCCACCGUCAAAGUUGCUCCCUUCAGCUCCAGUUUCUCCCGGAGGGCGGAGUCUCCGCCAUACUCCGCCGCCGCCCGGCUUCAGCGCAUUGUCGUGGCCCUCGGAACCGGGUACCCCAAUCCACCCUCCUCCCCUCUUCCCCCAGUCUCUUCUCUGUGCAAUAAUUAUAUCUUGUUCUUCCGACGCCUCUAUUAUAGUUGGCUUAAAAGAGGACGCUGGGCUUGAAUUCAUUAUGCACCUCCGUCUAUCCCAGGCGACAGGGCUGCCAGAAGAUUGCGAAAGCUCCCGGCGUCCCCUAUCCUCCCCCUCCCCCUCUUCUGCUGGGAGAAAACUUCACGAAAGUGGGCGCCAUCGCUGUGCUCUCAGCGUCUCUCCUCUUUGUCGAUCCGUCAUUGGCAUUUAGGGUACGUUUGCCCCAUUUUUUCUGCGCUUCUUUUUCUAAUCCAACUUUGUGGUUUUACCAAUUGGAUCAAGCACCGGGUAACAUCUGAUGUGUUUGUGCGUCUGAAGGGAGGAGGCCCCUACGGGCAAGAGGUGACUAGGGGACAGGACCUGACGGGUAAGGAUUUCAGUGGGAAGAACCUAACGAAGCAAGAUUUUAAGACGGUAAUUACACGAGUGCGAAAUAAAUAAAAAUAAGUGUUCCUGGCAUAAUUUUUUUGUUUUUAGUUAAUUCUUUUCCUCCAAUAUCCGAAUUUCUUUGCAGUCCAUCCUGCGGCAGGCCACCUUCAAGGGCGCAACGUUGAUCGGGGCGAGUUUCUUCGAUGCAGACUUGACUGGUUGAUUUCUUAUCCCUAUAUGUUAAUCGUAUCUGGUCCUUCAAAUACCUCUUUGCUUGUCGACCCGUCUCUGGUUCCUGAAUUCGAUCCCAUAGUUUCUCCUCAUGCCGCACAUAGCGGACAUCCCCCGAGCGAUCCAACUGGCUCCUUUCUCAUAGUUGAGAGAGCCAGUGCGGUUGAAGACUCCCAGGUUCAUUCUUCACUACAUUAUCUGGCCUGUCCAUGGAAGGGUGUUUCUUCAGUGCUACUUAUCUCUUGAAUUUCGUGUGGCGAGCUCUCUGCAGAAUUCUCACUGAAUUUAUAUAUAUAUAUACUUAUACACACAUACAUAUACUCCCUCUGUGUUGGUCCAUGGGCAACCACCCAUUUUGUGAAUGCUUAAUUUUCGGAUGAUGAAUUGAGGAAAAAACUACCGUUAGCUUUGAGAAUUGCCUUGUCUUAUUCACGAUAGCCAAGAAUAUGGAUGAAUAAUUACAUUCUGUGGCUCUUUAAUACACACAUACUCGUCGAUUUUUGAAAAAUUGAACAGUGUGUGACUUUUAUAAGCUUUUUUCAAAUUACAGGUGCUGAUCUCUCAGAUUCUGAUCUCAGAGGCGCUGAUUUUUCCCUUGCAAAUGUGACAAAGGUACUUCAGUAUCAUAGUGGUAUACCUAUGACUAACUUUUUAAAAAAGAAAUAAAUGCCUAUUUUGGUUGAUUUUCGAUACACAGCCAUCGGAUUCUUGAUAAAAUGCUGAAGCUUACCUGACAGAACUACCAUCAGGCAAAUGUUAAUCUUCAGUUCAAGCACAUCUAUGCUUCAACCCAUACUUAUGACACUUUCUAGUCACUGAAAUGCAGUUUUGCAUCAAUAGUGAACACCUUAAGAGGUUGUAAAUUCUUUACCUUUCCAAUUAGAGAAAAACGCAUUCUGGGAAGUGGGCGAAAUGAUUCAACACCGAUUCGUCGUACAGAGCUGAAAAAUCGCAUUAAACUGUUCUUUUCUACAAAGCUGUUUCGUUAAGACGAUGCUCAGGGCACUUCCUUUUGCUAGCUUUCGCAUUGAUUCCGUAGAUUAAGGUCACCCUGAUGGCGAAACAUUAUCAUUUUAAUUUUAGUUUAUGAGGAAGAUUGUGUUUGAAUUAUAGGUAGGAACUUACCACUUCACUCAUCUCCCUGUAGCUGAAGCUCUGGUUUGGUACUUGUGUAAUAUGUUCUAUCGGGACUAUAUGGCGAGCUGUUGGACUUAGAGACAAAAAUAUAUAGGCCUCUUUCAUGAAAUGAUAUACUUUCAUUCCUGAAUGGUCGUUUUCUUCAGAUGCGAGGAAUUCUUGCCAAGCAUCUGGGAUGGGGGUACGACAAUUUCUUAGAACAAUCUCACAUCAAUUUCAUUUUUCUAUGAUUAUGGUAAAACGACGUUUUAAGAUAUUUCGUAAAUUAAUAUCAUCUACAUACCUUGGAAUCGUGGAUGUAGCUAAAAAAGGUUUACUAGUGUGAAGAAUGAUAUGAAAGCAAGGAGAAGGAAUGAAGGUUUGAUUGGAGGCCACAUCCAUGUGCUUUAAUGCUAGAAUGAUCUCGAUAUGGAUACGAAUCACUUAGAUAAUUCAACUUAGUUUAAUGCCCACUUCUAUGGUGCACUUUUUGAGUUCUGAUAAUAUUUUUUAGAUAUCAUUUGGUACGAUCCCUCAAGCGCUCAAACAAGCCAACCACCUGGAAGGAGCUUGCUAUCACACGAAAGCUUAUCCAUCUCUUGACAUUCUUUUUAAAUAUGCUUCCAUUUUCUAGAUGGAUCAUCAGCCUAGAGUCCUCAGAAGUUCUAAAGCCUAAAUCUGUUGGAAUCAUAUUAUCUUUGGUGAAAUUAAUAAUGGAUGGUAACCAGGGUAUCAAAUUAUGGUGAUAUAAUACAAUUAAAUAAAAAUAUUUCCCACAAUCCAACGAAAAUCAGUGGCAAUUUUCUGCUAUUCUCUCUUGUUCCUGGGUAAUAAAUAACAGUCUACUCUUAGAUAAAGUGUCCACAUUUAUUACUGGACUUCAAACGUUUUAAUGCAAUAUUUCCCCUCACCUCUGUAGGCAAAUCUGAGUAAUGCGAAUCUCGAGGGUGCACUUACCACGGGUAAUACAUCGUUCAGGGGAUCAAACAUUACAGGAGCAGGUAAGAGCAUCCAUGGUAAAAGGGUCUUACUGACGGACACUUAUAAAAUCUUCACACCCUGUCUCUAAAUUUUCAUCAAGAAUUACCGUUUCUUUAAAUCAGCAUCUGCUGUUGUCUGUCUAGAGUUGAUUCAAAAUCUCUAUUUUUAGAAAUUUAAAAUUAUCUAUUUUUAAAGAUAUAUCUGCUUUCAUUCGUGUUUUUUUGCCCUCGCUGCAAAUCUGCUCCGGAGUUAUGUUUCAAUAUUGAUAAGGACCUUUUUUUUCGUAAUUUACAUAGUCAACUGAGUUGUUGCUCUGUGCAUGAAAUCAUGGAAUCAACAUACUUUCAAGCUUUAAUGCUCUAGACUUGAAUCCAGUGCAUCAAAAUCUCUCCAGGUUGAAAAAAACUACGUGACUGCCUGUCAUAGAUUAAGACGCAACCUCUAACUCGCAAUCCAGGCUCGUGCCCAGGACCUGGGCCAACCUGAUUUUUUCUAUACUUGAACUUCAGAAUUUAGCAAAAGAAAUUUGGCCUGGUCCAGUCUCCAUACAAGCCAGACAUGGGGAUUCAGUAUGUAGCUCCAAACCCCGAAACCCAUUUGAUUUUUGCAAAUGGCAAUCCUAGGUUUGCCCACAUGGCAACCCAUCCUCUCUCUCUCUCUCUCUCUCUCGAUAAGCAUGCCUGCUGCUGCUGGAUUUUACAGUGAAGCCUUGCCCGGCCACAGUCUCAGCUUCAUGCGGAGAAUUGACGUUACUUCUUUUUAAUCAGAUUUCACCGACGUGCCUCUGAGAGAAGACCAACGGGAAUACCUGUGCAAGAUGGCCGAUGGGUGAGUCUCUCCUAGCAUAUGUAGAUGUAUUUAUAUGCUGGCUACUUAUAUACGUACACAUAAUAUCCCCCAAGGUCCAUUUUCAUGAAAUGCGCUUUGUCAGGGUGAACACUAUCACUGGGAAUGCAACGAAGGACACACUGCUCUGCAGAUAAGGUCUACCGAGAGAGAGAGAGAGAGAGAGAGAGAGAGAGAUGCUGACUGCAUCACGUGAAGCCGCCGUGGUUUGGUUACACAAAUACAUGAGAGGGUUGAUGUUUCUAUAUACUCUCUUUCAUGUCUGCUUGAGAUAAGAUUCUCGGUAAUUUACGUGUUAAUGUUGUCGGAAUGAUGGGAUUCCUUGUCGAAUUGUCACGUGGGACACGCUCGUCUCAAUGGAGGAUACCGAGGGAGCACGGCCGUGCCUCCGCCUUGCUGUGGUAGUCCCUACGCGUGCGUGCUUGCCAGAGAAGCAAGGAGGCGGGGAGAGAUUUGGGCAAGCAUGCAUGGCUUCGCAUCCGAUGCGACUGACUCGCUUGCGGUGCGACUGGCUUCGUAUCCACUCAGAUGGCCCACGCGUAUGUUUUCGUGUACGUGCCAUCUGAGUGAGUGAGUGAGUGAGUGUGUGUGUCUGUGUGUGUGUGUGUGAGAUAGAGAGAGAGCCUUGCUAUUGAAAGCGUUAAGAUAAAGCACUACAGUUUUAUGUCAGAACAUGACAGCGGAAAUAAGCGAUGGUUUAAUCGAGGCAUCAACAGCACAUUCAUAUUCCGAGCCUGUUAAAAAACUGAAAACCCCACGGAGCAUGUCUGAUAUGAAUUAGUCUCUGCAGCGGCAGCAUCCCCAAAGCUCUUACUGUCCUACCCAACGUUAAAACUAAAGCCAACUUCCCCAAGAAUAACCCCUUCAUUCCCCCCGGCACAAUUCUAUAAACGAGCUCUCUGUCCCUCUCUCUCUCUCUCUCUCUCUCUUACUCACUCACUCACUCAUUCACUCUUGCUCUCCCUCCGUUCCCCCAAAACCCAUGUGGUCCCUUUUGUCCCCUCUCAUGUCACUACCCGCCUCCCCGAAGCUCUCUCUCUCUCCUCCUCUACAGCUGUAUAUCAACGUCUCUGGGCAAGAACAGGCCUCAAAACAAAGAGCCCAGAGCAAAAACCUCGACACAGGACAACCGUCCAUGGUUGAUGCGCCAUUAAAGAACCCUCUUCACGCAGGCGUGGACCAUGUGGAGCUCCCCAGAAGAACCUAUGCAUGUCUCAGGACCGCUCUACCACUCGCUUCUCUGAUGCACAAAGUUUACACCGAUGUAGCAACCGUCUUUCGCCUCUGAAAGGGAAAGCCAACCGAUACCACAGGGAGCUUCUGCCUCUUAAAUUCUCCUGACAACCCUUACAGUCAAUGACGCUGGCUCAUCAGAAUCUCCUACUCGGACAUAUCGACCGCUUCAUCCGCAGAAGAAGGGAUCAUCUCCGUUCCACCCUCUCGUCCGACAUGUGUUGGAGCUCUGAAACUUUCCCGUGAAAGUCAGAAUUUAGGGUUAGGGCUUUGGCUUAUGAAUGACUUUGUCCACAGGAGAAUGUACUGUCCCCACGUCUCCUAUUCUGUUUCGUCUCAAGCCCUGAAAUGUCUCUGCGGAAGGUGUGGAGUUCGGUAAUUUUAGGGUUAGGGCUUUGACGUAUGGGUGGCCUUAUUCCAAGAAUAAGAGGGAUCUCCAUGUCUCCUGUCGGUCAUGGGGAUACGAGCUCUGAGACUCCUUCAUGAAGUCUGCGGAUUGUGGCCAGUUUUAGGGCUAGGGUUUUGGCCUUCAGCUCUCCCUUUUGUUGUGUUCCGAAGGGGAUAACUAUAAUAGGUUGAAUGCUAUAAUUGGGUGGCUCCUUGGGAUUUGAAUUGGAAUGGGAAAAAAAGGACGGUGCUGGCAGAUGGACAGUGCAAUGACAUCACGGAAAGGGGGAAUAUAUGUAUUGAUGUUCCCAGGAGCUUACCCUCUACACUAAGAUACCAUGUGGUUUGGUUCUACUGCAGGAUGCUGUCAGUCAGUCAGCUCGGCAAGAACCAUUCAGUUGGUUUCCACCUUGAAUCCUAAACCGUCUUUCUCUUCCCCCCUCUCUCUCUCUCUCGCUUCAUCUACCAACAUAUUAGUCUCUCUCACUCCUCGUAGUCUAUGCAUCUCUUAAUCUCUCUCCCUUCAUUUAUCUCUCCAUUAAUCUCUCUCUCUUCAUCUACUUCAAUUAUCUAGUAAUCUCCCUCACUCUUCAUCUAUCCAUACAUUUCUCUCUCUCUCUCUCUCUCUCUCUCUCUCUCUCUCUCUCUCUCACACACACACACACACACACACACACACACACACACGCACUUUAUCUACUUCACCUAUCUAUUAAUCUGUACCUCCCCCUCUUCAUCCAUCCACCCAUUUAUCUCUCUCUGCAUCCCACUUCAUCUAUCCUUUAGUCUUUCUCUCCCUAUCUCCCCAUCUAUCAUUCGCUUUGUCUGUCUGUCUACGUCUUUCUCUCUCAGUUCCUCUCUUCAUCAGUCUAUUACUCUCUCCCUCUCUAACUCACGCAUUCUCUUCACCUAUCCAUUAAAUCUUGGUCUCAAUCUCUCUCACUCACUCUCUUCAUCUAUCUAUUUGUCUCUCCCUCUCUAACUCACUCAUUCUAUUCAUCUAUCCAUCAAAUCUUACUCUCACUCUCUUCAUCUAUCUAUUAGUCUCUCACGUUCUAACUCACUCAUUCUCUUCAUCUAUCCAUCAAAUCUUACUCUCACUCUCUUCAUCUAUCUAUUAGUCUCUCAGUCUCUAACUCACUCAUUCUCUUCAUCUAUCAAUCAAAUCUCUCUCUCUCUCUCUCCCGACCUACCUCUCUCCCUUGCUCCAGCUGGCUUAGUUGCCGUUCGAGCAGUGAUUUCAGAACUUUCAGAGACGAGGUGCUUGAUGCAUUCCUUUCGUUGCGAGGGACCCAGAGUCUGACGAGCAGUGAAGCGGCCUCAUUCAUUGCGCUUUCUGGUAGGGGACUUACCAUCCCCGCCCCCUGCCAUCCUCGACUUCUGAAUCCACACCGUCGCAUGUUCUUUUCUAACUCUAUCCAUUACCUGCAGGCCACACCCUAUCAGGAAGGGAAGUAAAUUGUUCUGUCAGAUGACCUUUGUGCCUUCAAACCACUCUCCGAGAUGAAGAAAUAAACUCUUCAAAGAGGACGUUAGAUCUGUCUGAACCGAAGAAUGGGUCAAACAGAUCAACCUACACUUGGAUUGCACGCAAGCUAAGAGCUGUUUAAGCAUCAUACUGAAGCAUAGAUAGAUAGAUAGGUUGGUAGCCAGAUGGCAAGCGAGCGAGCGAGCGAGCGAGAGAGAGAGAGAGAGAGCCAUUAGACAUGAAGGUCUCCGCACUGUUUUCUCCAAAUCCAUUUUAAUAUGCCAAUAACCAAUGACAAUACGUUUGAAGAUAUUCAGAUUAGGAAGCUUGAGAUGAGGGUUUGGGGUAUCUCUGCGAUCCAUCGUGGAAUAUGGGGGGGAACACUACGGAAACUCAAUGAUCAGACAACGGUUUGCAAUCACGAACAGAUGGGAUAUCUCACGUAGACAUUGUGAGUGGUGCAUGCUUUCAUUAUUUGAAAAUGGCAAGAAGAAGGAAUCUAUAUAGAGAUGAAUAAGACUGUUCCCACAUAUCAUAAGAAAUGGAAAAAGAACAAAAAAUGAAGGGAAAUACUGACGAACAGAAAGACAACCAAUAUGUUCACUGGAGCCACGAGGCUUCCGAAUCUACUUAACCUUUGGGCGAUCUCCAAGCCUUAGCUCGAGAUCUAACUCCACAGGGAUAGGGCCGAGCCCGAGCACCUCAGAUUGAGGGCUCCCGUCGCCAGCUAAAGAUCCCGUGAGAAAAGGGAUUUCUUCAUCAAAUCUCCUCCUCUUUCUACUGACGGUCCCCUCUCUCCUCUCCUCAUCGUCAUCCCCAUCGCCGCCACAUCCUUUCUCUCUGAGAUUGAAAUCUCCCUUCCCCAGCUUUAUUUCGGAUGCACCCGCAAUCCUGAGGGAAAAGUGGUCCGGAUACGAUGGAGGUAUGGAGAAAAAGGAUCCCAUCUGGUUUUCCUUGAGCAAGGAAAAUGAAGAGCGGUGGGAAGGAGAGACGAAGGUGUGUUCGAUGUAAUUCCUCUGCGUAGAAGCCGCUGAAACCCUAAGAGGAGGCAGAGGAAAUGUAACUGCGUCUGGGCUGGGGCUGCCAUCAGGCUGCGGCUGAUCAGCGAGAGGAGCACAUGGAUUCGGACGGUUGUGAUGCUGCUGCUGGGGUUGGAGAUGAUGGCUGCCCUCGCUUUGGGAGUUGGGAGAGAGCUUUAGCCUUGCGCGAUCCCUGCGGUGGACGUUCAUGUGGCCGCCUAGGGCUUGUGCCGAUCGGAAUUCCCUUCUGCAGAAGCUGCAAGAGUAAGAUCUCGGAGGCCACACGCAGCCGCCGAAGCGACCGGCUGAGUCUUCUGCAAAGGCUCGCUCCUCCCACGAGUAGUUGUAGGGGCUGGCGGCGGGGUCGAGGAGGCCCCGGACAUGAGGGCUCCCGCUGAGUUUUCUUCUCGUCCACAUCAAGUAUCUGCUUUGCUCCAUUGUUCUCUGCAUAGACGUGGAGAUCAGAUGAGAACGGAAGGCAUUGGUAGGGGGAAGAAGUAGAUUUUGAAGGUUUCUCUUCGGCGCUGGAGGUUUCGGUGGUUGUGGGAUUGAAGGAUGCAGAUGGUGGGGAGGGUCUCUUUCCAAGAUAAAGACAUUAUUACAUAAAACGAAGAGAUUGAGAUAGAGAUAGGGAGAUAUUACAUGGGGGGGCGAGAGAGAGAGAGAAAGAGAGAGAGAGAGAGAGAGAGAGAGAGAGAGAGAGAGAGAGAGAGAGAGAGAGAGAGAGAGAGAGAGAGAGAGAGAGAGGUAGAUGGUCGAAGCAUAGAUAAAUUAGCUUCGCUGGAAUGAGACGACAACGGUAGCACCCACCUAUCAGAGCUAAUUGUAGGAGACUUUUCUCCCCGGUACCCUCUCUCUCUCUCUCUCUCUCUCUCUCUCUCUCUCUCUCUCCACAAUAUGGAUACAUAUAUAUCUAUUUCUGAGCUAGCUCUCAGGGGCUGGGAGUUCUUGGCAAAAACAAGGGGCCAAGUCGUUCCCAGAGAAGUCGAAAUCAGUCAACCGUGAACUCCUUCAGUGCUACCUCUACAAACCCGAAAUAAGGAGAACUGGGUUAUGUUACCUCGUAGAAGCUCCAACACAAUCAAGCCGGAUUUAUGAAUUAUCUAGUUUCUCAUGUGGAGUAUUGGUCUAGAGAGUACACGGACGGGAUGAGAUCUUGUGUUCUACAACUAUACUAUAUUAAAGAAGCGUACAUCCAUGGGAUGAGAAACCACCUACCCAAUUUUCCAAUAGAUACUCGACGAUAUGUGACCGACUAAGUACAUGGGUUAGAUGGUAUUCUGGAGAGAGAGAGAGAGGCUCACUAGGAGGGAAGCACGUCCCCCAAACCAGGGUCUUUUCCUAUGAUUUCAACUGACCGAGGCUCAAGCAUGUCGACAAUCUUCGCCAACCAACUUGGGUACGUAGAUGUCUUGGUGUUCCUCGUUCGGAUCUUGGAUUCCUGAGAGCACAUGCGGGUAUUAUAUUAUGAGGCUAUAUAAAUCAUAUAUAACUCCACUCCAUCAGCUGGGAGGUCUGAAUCACUUGAAUUACGUGCAAGUAAGAUAGGAGUAGAGCCAAAGGAAGACAGGUUAGGCAGUAGAUACUCUUCCAGAACAAUCUUAAAUAACUAAAAACGGGAGGUUAUUCGCGGUUUUUCGUCUGAGGCCCGUUGAGAACUCUCAACUCGCUUAAUCACGUGCAUGCAUGCAUCCCAGGAGUUCCGUGAGCAAAAUAAAUUUAUUAUAAUUUUAGAGGGGAAAAGAUCCCGUUGGGUUUUCUCGUAGGGUUUGGGAAAGCAUAGGACUAGGGGAAAAAAUGUGUCUUUUAUUUGGUAUUGAUAAUUCCUGCGUUGAUCCUGAGAGAAAGUACGGGGUGUCAAUGAACUGGACCAGGCCAGAACAUCUUUAAUUCGGAAAAAAAAACUCAGAAUAGGUUCCAAACUUGACCCUUAAGACAGUCGGGGCUGUCUCGUCAGCGCGACUCAACUGAUGAUAGGGACAGUGCAUCGGUCUGUUGCCCCUCUGGAUUUUCCUCGAAGGCCCGAAGAAGGUUCAACACCAGGACGAGCUGAGCUGAGGAACGAUACCGUAGGCGUAGAAGAAGACCAGCAUCCCGUCUACGGUUAUCGUGAGAGAACGCCGAGGACAGCGGGUUGAAGACUUGGACUGGAUCGAUCUUCUUAUUAAACUUGGUCGAAAGGAGGAAGAGACGGUGACGAAGACAAGAUUGAACAGAGAGGGCAUGAUUCUUGGGAUUAGUUAAUGGGGGCUGCACCAGAUAAUUCGAUCAUUGUUUACGUCUGUGGUUUAAUAGAUGCUCCAGUUGCCCGUUAACGUCCAAUCAUGUCGUUUUAUUCUAGAGACGAGAUUUAUUAAAAAUAUUUGCGUAGCUUGCGGCACUCGUCCUUCUUUUGUAGUUCGUCUCACAGAGGCAACUUUAUUGAUUAGAGAGAGAGAGAGAGAGAGAGAGAGAGAGAGGGAGAGAGAGAGAGAGAGAGGGAGAGAGAGAGAGAGAGAGAGAGGGAGGGAGAGGGAGGGAGGGAGGGAGAGAGAGAGAGAGAUUAUGAUGAUGAUGUCUUCCAACCUAUGCACAAGCUGUCAAAUCUGAAGGAUAGACAAGGGGGGGUAACUUCAUCUAGGACUUAAUUUCAUUUAAAAUACUGGUGACGUUGUCCCCUCCAAUGGACUCUUCUCUGAGUGUCUUCAUUCUCAACUGUUAGUGCCCCGGAUAAAGUAAGAACCUCUCUCUCUCUCUCUAGAAAUCUAGUCCUAGAGGUCACCUUCAAGAAAAGGCGUGUCGCGAGACAUGCAAUUUAA